AGAAAGUACUUGUUUUACUUUAAAAGAUUAUAUUCAGACCUCUAACAUGAAGUUCCUGAUAAUUUUUGUUCUUGUAUUAGCCCUUGCCGGGGCUAGUAUUUUUCUCAAUAAGUCAAGGUACCAAUAUACCAUAAUCGUAGUUGAUGACUUGGGAGACAAUCAAGCCAAUACUUUGGAUAACCUAAUUACAGCCACGGGUGUGGUGGCCCUUGAGAGUUGCGCCAACGGCUUGUGUGAUUUUCUUUGCAAGUUAUACGGAUGGCUGCACGGACGGUGCAUUUCAGGGAGCGAGUGUCAAUGUUAUAAUUAAAAAUUGAACUUGAAAAUAACACACCAAGUUCGGUAAUUUUA